AUCUCGUCCAGAGAGGUCACAUGGCUUCUCUCCGGCAGGUGAGGGAGAUGCGGGCUCAAACACCUGCUGGACUCCACGCAGCACUUUCCACGUAAAUGACCCGUCCCAGCUCUUCCCUCCCCACUCCCACACCUGCCCGCGACGCUCCCGGCAGACUCACUUGGGACUCGGGGACACGGCCGCUCACGGACACCUCCACUGGGGCUCCUGAGUGGUUCUGGCACCGGUCAUGGUCUGGAGGAGGGUCGUGGUGCUCGGCUGUUUGCUGCUGCUUCAAUGCGGGGCUGGAAGCAGGAUGGCAAGGCCGCCGCCGUCGACGACUCAUGGCGGGGGUCGGUUGGACGCGGCGCGGAGUCACGUCCGGAGGGACGCCGGCGCUUCCAGGCCUGCCGGCGGGGCUUCCUUCGACUCUUGCCGGGUCAACCUGACGCCUGCGGAGCAUGAAGUUCUGGAUGACAACACACAUGAGACUGGUUUUAAUGGUGACGAUGGCUCUUACGUCAUCCUCACAUGGGUUGGCGAUGGCACAGGGGUCAUCUUGGUGUUGUCCACCAUCAACACCCCCUUAGACACGUUCCUGGAAGGCGGUUCAUCUCGACUUUACAGAAGUACGGAUUACGGAAAGUCCUUCCACGACAUCUCUCAAAGCAUCAACCACACAUUCAUCAAAGAGGAGUUUGGCGUCAGCGUGGGGCCGGGAAGUUCUGUGAUACUGACAGCAGACACCCCAGUGGUGGACCACCCAGGAGGCAUCAUUUUCACCUCCACUGACGCCGGCGCCACCUUCCGCUUCACCCAGCUUCCCUUCCACCUGGCACAGCCCAUCACCUACCACUUCCUCAACCCGGACUACCUGGUGGCGCUCAGCAUUGACGGCGGUCUGUGGCUCUCUGUGGACUUUGGCGCCAAGUGGACAAAAGUGCAUGAUGGAGUGCAUUCUUUCUCAUGGGGUGCUGGCAUCAAUUUGUUCUUCAGCUGCAGUAAAGCAGACACAAUGGAUGCAGAGGAGCGAGGAGACUUACAGCUAAAGAGGACAAAGGACCUGGGGAAGACCUUCACCAUCAUCCACGAGGACGUCUUCAGUUUUGGAUACAUCGGAGCCUUUCUUUUCUUCUCGGUCAUGGAAGAUACGCGAUCGCCCAGAGUCAUGUAUUUUUCCUCUGACCAAGGAGACACUUUUAGUCAAGCGCUACUGCCUUCUGCCUCCACUGAGCAGUUUUACUCCAUCUUGGACGGCGAUGAGGACAUGCUGUUCAUGCAUGUGGACAAUCCAGGAGACACCUACUUUGGAACCAUGUACACGUCUGACGACCGCGGCAUCCUGUUCUCCAAAUCCCUGGAGCGCCACCUGUUUGAUGGGCAGAGGAAGAGCGAUUUCCGGAAUGUCACGUCGCUGCGAGGAGUCUACCUCACCAACAGACUUGACAAAGACGGACGAAUACGAUCGGUCAUCUCCUUCAAUCGCGGCGGAACAUGGCAGCAGCUUUCCAAACCUCAGAAUGUCGAAUGUGGGCAAGAAGUCAAGAACUGCAAGCUGCAUAUUCACGGAGAACACAGUCGCAUCAAUCACAUCGUUCCCAUGCUCCUCAUGUCGGAGCCCACCGCUAUCGGUCUGGUCAUCGCCCAUGGUACCGUGGGGGAUUGCCUGUCGUCCUCGCAGCACCCGGAUGUGUUUGUGUCGUCAGACGGGGGCUACAGCUGGCGGGGGACUUUAAGGGGUCCUCAUCACUACAGCAUUCUGGACUCUGGCGGUCUGGUGGUGGCCGUGGAGGCUCGGCGUGAAGGACAAGUCAAGACCAUCAAGUUCUCCACAGACGAGGGUCACUGCUGGAAGUCGUACAAUUUCACCGAGCAGCCCUUCUUCUUCGCGGGCCUGUCGUCCGAGCCGGGCACCAAGGCCCUGAGCGUCAGCGUGUGGGGCUUCCGUCCCGAAGACGAUGGCCAGCCCAUGUGGGUUGCAGUAACCAUUGACUUCCAGAGCCUCGUCACGAGAGAGUGCGAUGAGCGGGAUUAUGAAGACUGGUUAGCUCAUGCGACACAAGGAGGAACUUCAAGGAGCGAAGGCUGCGUCCUGGGCAUCAAGGAAACGUACAAGAGGCGGAAGAAAGAAUCCGUUUGCAGGAAUGGUCGCGCUUUUGUCUUAAGGAAGAAGGAAAGUCCCUGUUUGUGCACCAGGGAGGAUUUCUUGUGCGACUACGGCUAUUAUCGCCAUGACAACACUUCUGAGUGUGUGCGACAGCCCGAUGCUCACAACAAAACCUUGGAGACCUGCCUGGACGGACAGGAGGACGAGCUCUUCACGGCAGGGUAUCGGAAAGUCCCAAGCGACAGAUGCGAAGGAGGGUUUUCGCCACAACUGGCAGUCCAAACCGUCAUAAGACCCUGCGGCAUCAAGCCCACCUCUAAAUCACCACCUGCAAGCUCCCCCUUGCCAGUUACUCAUUUUGACACACCUCGAGAGAGGAUGGUACUGAUACUGGUGUGCAGCGGCGCAGGCGUCAUCGUGCUGGCAGCAGUUGUCUUCGCGUUCGUAGCCGUCAAUAGAGGAGUCUACAGGAACAGGGCACCAGAGUAUCGCUUCUCCAAUCUCCAGAGUCAAGAGGAUCGUAACGGUGUCACAGGGGACCUUGAAAGCGCCACAAGCAGCAAUGGAACGCCCUGUCCACCGGACUCGGACAAUCAGAAUCUUCUGCAGUGAUGCACACCAGUGCUGUGCUGAAUGGAGGGAUCUGUGUAUCUGGAAGUAGGGCUGCACAAUUGAUGGAAUUUAAUCACAAUUUUGGCUGCCAUGAUUAGAGGAGGGUGAUCUUCUGCAAUAUUAACAUUUAAAAAGCAGGCUCCCCCCUGCAUAUCAAAUCAAGCACUUUCACAGCCCGCAGAGGCAAGAAAGCAACAGCGGCUCGUCUUGAAGACAUGUGAAAAUGGCUCCGCCCACGCCAGAGGCCAUUGUGGAUGCACACUCAGCUCUUUGACCACGCCAGACAACCAACCUUCACUUUUCACGUUUCAAUUCCGUGGAGUCUAACGUGGCGUGCGUUAGAGACCGCUUCGCUCUUAAUAGAUGGCAACAGGUAUGGACGCCAGCACAACACGCUGCUCUACUUGUCUGCCUGGAGUUGCACCAGCAGGACUAACAGCGAGCCAUCGUGCUAAAUAGAGCCUGGAGACACUUUUCUGUCCAGUCCUAACAGUUCUUGCUUGUGUUCUGGCGAGACAUGCUCCACAUUGGAAUUCAUGCACCCCCCCUGCAUCUGCACAUGUGUUUGAAUGCGGAAAUCAAAUUGCACAUUGAGGGACUGCUCUUUCACGUGAGUACAUCCGAUACGUUAAAGGCUGUUUAUUGUAUUUAGCCAUUUAAAGGCCUACUAAAACCCACUACUACCCACCACGCAGUCUGAUAGUUUAUAUAUCAAUGAUGAAAUAUUAACAUUGCAACACAUGCCAAUACGGCCUUUCUAGUUUACUAAAUUACAAUUUUAAUUAUUCGAAACGUCGUGUAAUGAUGACGUGUACGCAAGACGUCUCGGGUUUUUAGAAAGUAUGAGCGCUGCGCACACACACAGCUAAAUGUCGUCUGCUUUAACGGCAUAAUUAUACAGUUUUUUGUACAUCUGUGUUGCUGAAUCUUUUGCAAUUUGUUCAAUUAAUAUUGGAGAAGUCACAGUAGAAAGAUGGAGUUGGGAAGCUUUAGCCUUUAGCCACACAAACACACGGUGAUUCCUUGUUUAAAAUUCUUGGAGGUGAAACUUUUCUAUGGAUCAGACCACAUGUCAACCAGCAGGUUUCGGUGAGAAAAUUGUGGUUAAAAAGUCAGUUCUUACCGGAGAACAGCUGAGCUUGUGCCAUCCAUAGCUGCCGUCGACUCCCCUGAGACACUGCGCGUCAAGACACCCGUGGAGACACCCUUCCGACUAUCAGGUACUAUUAAACUCACUAAAACACUAGCAACACAAUAGAAAGAUAAGGGAUUUCCCAGAAUUAACCUAGUAAAUGUCUGUAAAAACAUAUGAAUCCAUCUUAAUGCAAUCGCGGUUUUUUUAACUUUUAUUUUUUAUUUUAUUUUUUUUCUAGUCCGUCGCUAUCAAUAUCCUCAAACACGAAUCUUUCAUCCUCGCUCAAAUUAAUGAGGAAAUUGUCGUUUUCUCGGUCCGAAUAGCACUUUUUGUUGGAGGCUCCCAUUAAAAACAAUGGGAAUAUGUGAGGAGCCCUCAAACAUGUGACGUCAUCGUCUGCUACUUCCGGUAGAGGCAGGGCAUUUCUUUUAGCACCGAAAGUUGCGGACAUUAUCGCGGAUCUUCUUACUAAAUGCUUUCAGCAAAAAUAUGGCAAUAUCGCGAAAUGAUCAAGUAUGACACAUAGAAUAGACCUGCUAUCCCCGUUUACAUAAAAACAUCUCAUUUCAGUAGGCCUUUAACAUACAAGUUUUAUCACUAUAAACAAUGUUUGUUUAGGUAAAGCGGGAAUGUCCAAAUAAUGACGCAUGGGCCAACCAUGGAUCAUAGCUGGGUUUUUUUUAAUGAGCCCGUACGUUAAAAAUAGAUACAUUCGAUCAUGAGAAAAGAGGAUAUCUUCCAUCCAUCCAUUUUCUACCGCUUGUACAUUUCGGUGUUGCUGGAGCCUAAGCUGCAUAAUAAUACUAAAUAUGAACAAAAAAUACAAAUUUGUCUUUAAAUAUUUAGGAUCUGUUUUUUUUAGCCUUUUUAUUGGACUAUUAAGUGCCCCCCGACCCCCUCGCAACACUGUGCUUCACCUAACAUAAUGAGUUAUGAUUAAUAUACCUUAUUUCAAUAUUGAUUAAAAACAUCCAUCUAUCCAUUUUCUACCGCUUACUCCCUUCGGGGUCGCGGGGGGCACUGGAACCUAUCUCAGCUGCAUUCAGGCGGUAGGUGGGGUACACCCUGGACAAGUAGCCACCUUAUCUCAUGGCCAACACAGAUAGACAGACAACAUUCACACUCUAGGGUCAAUUUAGUGUUGCCAAUCAACCUAUCCUCAGGUGCAUGUCUUUGGAAGUGGGAGGAAGCCGGAGUACCCGUAGGGAACCCACGCAGUCACGGGGAGAACAUGCAAACUCCACACAGAAGGAUCCCGAGCGCAGGAUCGAACCCAGGACCUUCGUAUUGUGAGGCAAACGCACUAACGCCUCUGUCACCUUGCUGCCCUGAUUAAAAACAUACUCAUGAUUAUUAAUUUGGCCGUAUCGUGCAGCCCUAUCUGAAAGACAGCCACGGGAAAAAUACAAUAUCUUUAUUUAUUGAGAUACUUUCAAUUUGUUGCUUUUUUGGCUUUGAAAAACCCUUGAUCUGUUCAAUGUUUGUAUUUUAAUAUUAAAAAGAAGUGAUCCUACUCUGCUUUUUAAUAGUUUUUUGUACAAAUAAAUGGUUUGUAAUGUAUUUAAUUAUAAUAGCGUGAAUGUAAAGCUACUCAAAAAAUGCAUUUAGAGGGAAUGGGAUAUACAACAGUUUAAAGGCCUACUGAAAUGAGAUUUUAUUAUUUAAACGGGGAUAGCAGGUCCAUUCUAUGUGUCAUACUUGAUCAUUUCGCGAUAUUGCCAUAUUUUUGACAAAAAGAUUUAGUAGAGAACAUCGACGAUAAAGUUCGCAACUUUUGGUCGCUAAUAAAAAAAAGCCUUGCCUGUACCGGAAGUAUGUGCACGUGACGUCACGGGUUGUGGAGCUCCUCACAUACUCACAUUGUUUACAAUCAUGGCCACCAGCAGCGAGAGUGAUUCGGACCGAGAAAGCGACAUUUUUUCCAUUAAUUUGAGUGAGGAUGAAAGAUUUGUGGAUGAGGAAAGUUAGAGUGAAGCCUUAGGAAAAAGAAAAGGCGACGGCAGUGGGAUCGAUUCAGUUAUUAGACACAUUUACUAGGAUCAUUCUGGAAAAUCCCUUAUCUGCUUAUUGUGUUACAAGUGUUUUAUUGAGAUUAUAAAGACAUACCUGAAAGUCGGAGGGCUGCAGUGACCGCCAGUGUCUCUGAGGGAAGCCAUAUGGAGGAGCCAAGAAAGUCACAGCUGCCUUUUUAAGCAAACUCCGCUCAAGUCUCCGGUAAGAGCCGACUUAUUACCAAAACUUUCUCACCGAAACCUGCCGGUUGACAUGUGGUGAAAAACAUGUUUGCUUGACCACUCUGUUCCAUAUUAAAGCUUCACAAAAAACAAAGAAACACCGGCUGUGUUUUGUUUGCUAAAGGCAGCUGCAAUCCACCGCUUUCCACCAACAGCAUUCUUCUUUGACGUCUCCAUUAUUAAUUGAACAAAUUGCAAAAGAUUCAGCAACACAGAUGUCCAGAAUACUAUGUAAUUAUGCGAUUAAAUCAGAUUACUUUUAGCCGUGAGUGGUGCUGGGAUAAAAUGUCCGCUCCAACCAAUAACGUCACAAGCACGCUUCAACAUAAGCGUCAUCAUUCCGCGACGAUUUCAACAUGAAACCUCGUGGGAAAUUUAAAAUUGCAAUUUAGUAAACUAAAAAGGCCGUAUUGGCAUGUGUUGCAAUGUUAAUAUUUCAUCAUUGAUAUAUAAACUAUCAGACUGCGUGGUCGGUAGUAGUGGGUUUCAGUAGGCCUUUAAACUGCCUUAGGAUAGUAAAUCCAACCAUUAACAUUACUCCGAAAGCAGUGGGGGCGCUGUAGUCUCCUACUCCCUUCAAAUUAGCGAAGAAGAAAUCGCGGAAGUAUUGUAAGAGCCACAUUGUAAAAUACAUCUUACAGACAAAUAUUGCUUGUAGUGCUUAUAAAACAAAACGCAACGAUUGUAAACGCAUUCCUUAUCUUUGCUAGACGGCGUUUUAGCUGAAAGAAAAUAAAAACACCUUGAAACA